AUGGGGCGGCGGCGGCGGGGGGCGCUGCCGCAGCCGGCGGGCGGCUGCUGCUGCUGCCUGGCGGCGGCGCUGCCGCUGCUGCUGCUGCUUCUGCCCGCCGGGUGCUCGGUGCGGGCACAGAACGACACGGAGCCCAUCGUCCUGGAGGGGAAGUGCCUGGUGGUGUGCGACUCCAGCCCCUCGGCCGACGGUGCCAUCACCUCCUCCCUGGGGAUCUCGGUGCGCUCGGGCAGCGCCAAGGUGGCCUUCUCGGCCACCCGCAGCACCAACCACGAGCCCUCCGAGAUGAGCAACCGCACCAUGACCAUCUACUUCGACCAGGUAUUAGUUAACAUUGGCAACCAUUUUGACCUUACUUCCAGUAUAUUUGUAGCACCAAGAAAAGGGAUCUAUAGUUUCAGUUUCCACGUGGUCAAGGUCUAUAACAGACAAACCAUCCAGGUGAGUUUAAUGCAAAACGGCUACCCAGUGAUUUCAGCUUUUGCAGGGGAUCAGGAUGUCACCAGAGAAGCAGCCAGCAAUGGGGUCUUGCUCCACAUGGAAAGAGAAGACAAAGUGCAUCUCAAACUGGAAAGGGGCAACCUCAUGGGAGGGUGGAAAUAUUCAACCUUUUCCGGCUUCCUAGUCUUUCCGCUAUAA